AUGAAAUCACACGUCUCUACAUUUUCAGAAACCAUUUUCGCUGUCGACAAAAGUGGGGGAAGAAUGAUUCUUGAUUUUAUUUACCACACCUCUGUGGAAGUGCUUAUACCUGAUAUUGGAUCUGACGAAACUCAAAUAAUAGAGGUGGCAGGGGCAUGCUUUGGGUUAGGACAUCGAGGUUUGGGUGGGCCAGACGAUGCAGUCGUGGCUGGUGGGCAUGCGAGUCUGGGUCGGCCACGGUAA